GUAACAUAUCCCUCCAAAGAUUUCCUGAGUACCUUCUAUACUUCCCUAGGCUGAAGGCAUACCUCUGGUACCUGAUUAUCGGCAAGAAGAAUUGCAUACAUAUACUAGAGAUCACCUUUAUAGAAGGGGAGUGAUUUUGCAACCAGUCACAAGGGUAGGAAUAAGUUUCAUGAGAUUUUGAUUGGCCGCCGAGUUUGUGGAAUAUCAAUACUAGUUGAGCGAUUCCAGUGGCUGACUGUGACUGUCGCGGCGAGGUAGUGAGUGUGGUGGUUGUGUGACUUGUGUUGUGGUUACCGUCUUCACAGGACACAGUGACAUUGUAGUGGAUUCCUCCCCUACAAACGCUGUGUGUCGCUGACUGGCCGACCCCCCGCGAAUCUACCAGGUAUCCGUCGUGGUCACGGUCAGGUAACCAGUGACGCCGAACAAAGUGGGGGGCCAACCAUCAAGCCACGCUUAUCCCCCGCUAUAUAAGACCCCACCUGGCCGGCAUCACUCUCUUUCUACUUACCGCCACAAGCAAGCAACAUCUCUCAACAGCUCCACACCACACGCUCUCAGAAAGCUCCUCGCCCUACAGGAACUCUGAGCAAGCUUCGCCCGACCUGUAUCUCUUUAACACGGUGCUGUGCAACAAUAUAUAUUACGGGAAACACAUUGUGACUUUCUAUUCUACCUCAAUCCUGAGUGUUGGAUAUAUUACAUGUACGGACGUUGUGAGGCCAAAUUAGAGACCCUGACAACCUGCCACAACAUUCCUCUAUCACCCAUAGGUACAGCAGGAACACCAUGAGCGACAGGGUAGAUGAGGUCCUGCUGCAACGGAGGAAGGUGUUCUGGGACCAGCAGGAGCCCUCCCUUCAGGCCAUGAUACAGACGGUCAGCUCCGAUGGCCUGGCUGACGACGACGCCGACGAGAUCAUGGCCUACCUUCCCGACCUCACUGGCAAGAGGGUCGUAGAUCUAGCCGCAGGGAUAGGGAGGUUCACGACGCGGAUGGCCAAGGUAGCGAGGCAUGUGACGGCGGUGGACGUAGCUCAGGCCUUUAUCAUGGAGAACCGAGUCGCCAACCAACACCUCGGCAACAUCUCCUUCAUCUGCGACGAUGUGGUCAACUUGGACUUCCCGGCCGGCAGCUUGGACCUGGUAUUCAGUAACUGGCUGCUUAAGUACCUUAGUGACGCCGAGAUCACUCACUUCCUCACCCGGGCCCUCAAGUGGCUCUCCCCCGGCGGGUUUAUCUUCUUCAGGGAGUCUUGCUACGGCUUGUUAGGCACUGAGGAGCUGAACGGUAACCCCACUAUGUACCGCUCCUCUCGUUACUACUGCGACAAGCUCACCGCCAUACCCGCUCAGGACGACGAAUCCGCCUUCACACUCGUUCGCGUCAAAAACAUCCUCGCCUACAUCAACUACCAGAACGCUCCCAACCAAGUGUGUUUCCUGGCGAAGGUGUGCGGCGGGGACGGGAUACCUCAGGAGCCACAGAAGCAGCAGUGUCGCCUCUCUCCUCUCAACGCCGCGGCCCUCCAGAAGGUGUUCAAGGGGCCGUGUGUCACAGUGGGCGGCGACGUCUCCACCAGGGACUUCUGUGCUCGUCUUGGGUUAGGGCCGGGUCAGCGGGUACUGGACGUAGGCUGUGGUAUGGGCGGGUCAGCCACCUUCAUGGCCAGACACUAUGGUGUUCACGUCCACGGCGUCGACCUCUCCUCCGACAUGAUCCACGAAGCCAUCGAGCGACAAGUACAAGUUGACGAGGAAGUGAGGAAGAAGUUACACUUCGAGAUGAGUCCUGACCUGGCAGUGGACUGUGACAUCAACACCUACGAUGUCAUACACAGCCGGGAGACCUGUCAUAACGUGUCAGAGAAGCAGCACCUCUUUGAUAAGUUACUUCGGUGUGUGAAGCCGGGAGGGACCGUCUUCAUCACCGACUACUGCCUCGGCUCCUCCCCGCCUUCCCAGCCCUUCCUCGCCCAUACUCACGAUAUCGCACCAUGUUACCUUGAGACGGUGGAUUCCUACAGCGAGAAGAUGAGGAUGGCGGGUUUCAAGGGCGUGGUGGCCAAGGACCUGAGUCAGGAGCUGAUCAAGGCCCUGCAGGAUGAGCUGAGCAUCCUGGUCACUACCUGCGGUGAUACUGACGAAGAUAAGAUGAAUCACAGUCAGGUCACCGCCCUCUGGAACUCCAAGCUCCAGUGGGUUAAAGACGGCUACCUCACGUGGUCUUCCUUUAUGCUGACUAAGUAACUCGUCCUCCACACACGGGGGAUGGAGGGCGACACUAUAGAUGUUGGAGGAGGAGGACCUUCUUCAGGCUCUUCUCCACACGUUGUAAGUAGAAACACUGUACCUCCUUCAAACACACGAAGGAGGACGACUUCCAUCACACGUAGGCGGUGGACGACCCUCAAACACGAAAGAUGUGGAGGACGACAUUUUUGCAACAGAGCCAAGUGGACGACCAUCACCAAACACACAUUACAACACCCACUGCUAUAUUCCUUUUCGUAAUAUCAAAGGUUUAAUUUACCCUUACAUGAGGCAACGCACUUAUUUAUGGUAGCAAGUAUGGUGGUUUCAAUUCAAUUCGGGCACCAGUUUUGUUUUUGUGAGUCGUAUCGUGCGUCAGCCAGCUCCGUGUGGUUCAAAGUUCUCUCAGAUACACGGGAAAAGUAAAGUACUGUACACGUGUCUCUGAGAAUGAGAGCUCAGGUUUUGCGCACACUUACGGGUGGAUGUUCUGUGGUUCUUAGGUGAGAUUAGAAAUAGGUGGAAGGAUAUUGAGAUCACCAGAAGAUUAACCAUCCUAAUCCUAACCUAAGUUGACCUAGUCCACCAGGUAGCGUGAGGGUAUGUUAAGGUGAAAUCAGCUGGGUGGACGAAUCUUCAGGUGAUCCAAAAAUUUGUAGUUAUUUUUUUGUGUAAUUAUAAGAGGCGAAUAUUGAAUCAAAAACUGUAGAAAUAUAUUGUUAGAACACAA